GUUGGUAUUUAAGAGGAUUCCAUAUUCACUACUUGGCCGCCUCGAGCCUGCCCGACGCGUACUCGUCGGCGACGGCGAGUCCCCUCUUGCGGCCACUGCCGCGCCUCCAGCUCCUCUAACACUGUCCAAUCUGAACGCCGAAAAAUAGUUCGCCCGGACCUCGGUUUCCUUUCAGUGGCGAUGACCAAUCUCUCCGCCACGAUUGAGGUCGAGUUCGAGUUGAAAAGGUAUCUUUGAUUUCGUUCCACGAUGUCGCGUGAUCUAGAAGGGUUUUUCAUUUCCAGAUAAAUUUACUGCCAACUUUUGUAUUGUUUUCAUCAAAACUGUUCCUCACGGCUUUCCUACACUGUGAAUUUAAUCGUUUUAAUAGUAAAAGAAUCGACUUUGACUACUUGUCGAUCUGAAACUAGUCACACUUCUGGAAGGAAUGUAAGUGGCUAUGCAUGUUUAGCGAUGGGGGUUAAUAGUUGGUAAGAUCAACUAGAAGAAAGACGCGAGCUUCAUGUGCUCGAUAGAAUGCUGCAUUGAACGUAAAAUUACGAUUCCAUACAGUAUUCACGCAAUGUGGAUUGCAGCAAGGGGGCGAGUUCUCCUGAGUUCAUCCUCUUUGCUCCUGAAGGUUGAUGCUUGUCUCGGUCCAGCUUUCAUGCUUAAAGGCAAGUGGGAUGGAAGAAAGAGAUAUUCCGCGGCAAAUUUCAUUCUUGAAGAGUUUGAAAAUGCUAAUGAUAGGACUAGGCAGGGGAUGUCGUUGGCAAAGAGCUUAGCAUGCCUACCUGAUGAAUCUUUGACUUUGCAUAAAGAGAAGCCUCUGAGCAGGAUGGAGCACAAGCGUCUAAUUGAACUUCGAAUCAAGAAGAGGGUGAAAGCACACUUCUUUAAUGGGAAGUAUUAUGAUCUAAUGAACAAAGUCAUUGCUAAUGUCGAUACCCUCUCUGACUCCUACGAUAUAAUUAGACUUAACUCUAAUAUCGACACGACAUCAAAGAAGGACGAUAUUUGUUUCAACUCCUUAGCAGAGCAGCUAGCAACCGGUGAUUUUGAUGUGAAAUUACACACCACAUCAAUUAUAUCAAAGAGCAAGAAGAAGGAGUGUUUGACACUUCCUAAGUUGAAGCUCAAAAUUGUGCAAGAAGCUAUUAGAUUAGUUCUGGAAGUUGUCUACAGACAACAUUUCUCUAAAAUAUCUCAUGGUUGCCGCAGUGGAAGAGGGCAAAGAUCAGCCUUAAACUAUGUUGGGAAGGAGAUUAGUAAUCACAAUUGGUGGUUUACAUUAUUCAUCAACCAAGAAGCUGACCAGCUAAUUCUCUCUAAGAUUCUAUCUGAAAUGAAUGAGAAGAUUGAAGAUUCCAUGCUGUUCAAUUUAAUACAGAAUAUGUUUGAUGCCAAAGUACUUAAUUUGGUGUUUGGUAGCUUCCCAAAGGGCCAUGGCCUUCCUCAGGAGGGAGUCCUCUCGCCCAUUCUGAUGAAUAUAUAUCUGGACAACUUAGAUCAUGUGAUUUUUGAGAUGUGCAUGAGAUAUGAGGGCCUUGGUCUUGAAGAUAGUGUCAACAAAGAUGUCCAAAUUUCAAAGCUUCGCAAUUGGAUGCGUAAACAAAUAAAAGCUAAUGAUGAUAAGAGUGUUAACCAAUUGGGUGAUUGCGUACGGACGAGAAUUUGUGCUUGUAGAUACAUGGAUGAGAUAUUUAUUGCUGUUUCAGGUUCUAAAGAAACAGCCAUGAAAAUAAAGUCUGAAGUAAUAAGUUAUUUGAAGAACACACUUCAUUUAGAUGUAGAAGAUAAAAUGAAUCUCUCAUCAAUCAGAAAGAAUUCACUUGGUGUACAAUUUAUCGGUACAGUGAUCAGGUUGUCUGCUCCAGAAAGUGCUGAAUUGAAAGCAGUUCACAAAUUGAAGGACAAGGUCAAGCUAUUUGCUUCCCAGAAGAAAGAGAUCUGGGAUGCCAUGACACUUAGAAUUGGCAAGAAGUGGCUGGCCCAUGGUUUGAGAAGAAUCAAAGAAUCAGAAAUCAAGCAGCUUGGACUUAGCACUCCAUUGCUAGAUUAUAUUUCACAGUUUCGCAAGGGCGGCAUGGAAACAGAUCAUUGGUUCAAAUCCUUACUCAAAAUUUGGAUGCAAGAUGUGAUUGCCAAAUUGGAAGAUAAUGAGGAGGUGCUCCUCUCUAAGUACAUUGCAGAGCCAGCAGUGCCACAAGAUCUUCGAGAAGCAUUCUACAAUUUCCAGAAGCAGGCUAAGGAGUAUAUUUCAUCUGAGACAGCUGCCACUGUUGAACUAUUGCGUGAUCCUUGCAUAGAACCAAGACUUUCUACAAAAUCCACAACAGUGCUCAGAUUGGAAGUGCCCUUGAAUGCUAUAAAGAAAUGUCUGCAUCGUUAUGGUUUGAUCAAUAUGGAAGGCUUCCCAAUGCAUGUGUCCAAACUUGUGUUACAAGAUGAUGACCUGAUUAUAAGCUGGUUCUCUGGAUUGGUUAAGCGGUGGCUGAGAUGGUAUGAGAAAUUUGAUAACUUUGGGGAUAUUAAGCUCUUGAUGGUGCAUUGCAUUAGGAAGUCUUGUAUUCGAACUAUUGCAGCAAAGUAUAGGAUGUAUGAAGGGUUAAUUGAGAAGAAGUUUGAGUUGGAGCAGUAUGGCAUCCCUUUGACGUUAGAAGAUAUGGACUUCGAUGCUAAUGCUACUACUAAAUUAGAUGAUGAUGAAUACUAUAUGUAUGGGAUUUUAGGUAGUGGAUUAUGUCUCCUGUCUUUGUCGAGAGUGAAAGUGGCAGCUCGAGUGUUCGAUUGUUUUGUAAUGGGAUGCACUAUUUCAUCUCCAAGUCUCUACACGCUUCAUGUGAAGGAGAGGCAAAGGUUUCCUGGAUGGAGGACUGGAUUCUCUACAUCAAUCCAUCCCAGUUUGAAUGGAAGGCGCAUUGGCUUGUGUAGUCAACAUGUUAAAGAUCUAUAUCUGGGUCAUAUAUCACUGCAAAAUGUUGAGUUUGGUUCUCUGAGUUGAUGUGUGUUUAGAGCCUCUUGUACUCAGCUUUGCUUGCAGGGGUGUACUUGGAAGGAAGGACCUAAAGCCCUUUUCUGUGAUUAAAGAAAGACACGUAAAAAGGAGCAGAGUGGAAGAAAUGCGUGUUCGUUGUUCAAGAGCAGUUUGCAUGCCGCCAUGCAUGCAACGAUGUUGCUGGUCAAAACUCAGAUGCAAGGUUUUGUCAACCCAAGGAAGCUGGUGUACUAAUUUAAGAGUAGAUGGGGCUCUUUUUCCAAAGGGAGCACAAAUUUCGCACCAUGGUCCAGGGCUUUGCUUGUGCCUCACUCUUUUUGGGUGGCGAUCUCCAUGAGCUGUGUCUGUGUGGUUGCGAGAGGUUCGAUGCAGAGAUGGCAAGCUAUGGCUUGGUUUUUGUGAACUUUGUUAGGUUAGUGUGGACUGGAAGGGUAGUUAAGAGUUUAGUUUUAAUAGCGAGUUUGGAAGGGAGGAAGAAACACAGUAUCAGCACACUUCCACACAAGAAUCUUUUUGGUUGUAGUUUAUUUUUUUUCCUUCCUUUAUUAAAUUUUGUAUGGGUCAUGCAUAUUUCCUUGUGGGUAACUGACUGGUUUUGUCAAUUUGUUUUAUCUGACUAAGUUAUGGUGAUUGAGGUGGAGUUAUUGCUUUA